GUCUAUCGUUUUUGUCUGGUUAAUCCUGAUAAAGAUAGAGGGAAAUAUGGAGCAGCUCUUCCUCAAUCAGUAAAGCAGAUUCAACCAGUUCUGAUACGAGUAUCGAUGCACUUGUUCCCGCGUGCAGUGAUCCAUUUAACGAGAGACGGCAGCUGUUACUUUCAUUUUUGGUGCAGUUGCAGCCCUGUUGUUUGAUCAAGUUUCCUGUUUAACCACGAGAGCGCGCCAUCGGCAACUCAAUAAAAUCCAAAGAGCGCCGGACGGGCGGUGUUCCGCGAAGCGUGAUGAGUUUGACAGCUCCCGCGUACUGAACGUUAUUCAAAAGUAAAAAAUCGAUCAAGAGAUGAGGCCGAAAAAAAAUCCUUAACACGUUUUCCGUAUGCAUCCACGCGAGACCGUCUAAUAUGGGAGAAUGGUUGGUCAUAGAAUCAUUACGCUGAUAUUUUUUCUGGCAGCAUGGCACGAAGCAGUAACUUUAGUGCCAGUACGCUCGGUGGCUGUAGACCUUGGACAGAAUUUGACUCUGGCAUGUGCAGAAGAAGAUGCACUGCCACAGUCAGGAGAGUCUGUUGGAAUGAUGUGGAUAAGGGAGGGACGCGAAGAUGGACAAAUUGAACGUCUAAAGGUUGAGCCUAAUGGAGCAUUGGAACUUAUUAAUGUCAGUGCAGAUGAUGCUGGAAACUAUUCAUGCACCUUAGAUGAUGAUCAUGAUGCUGUUAAAACUAGAAUCAAUGUACAAGUUAGAACUCCUCCUCCAGCUUUGCACAAUGUAUGGGUAAAACCAUCAACAAUAUUGGCAAAUAUUCUUUGGGAAGUAGCUGGCACAGGUGGUUAUCCUAUCAUAGAUUUCACUGCCGAAUAUCGUCUUAAACCAAGUGUGGGUGAAGAACCAGAAGACUGGAAGCCUAUUGUUCCAACGCACAUUCCACCAAAUUCUAGGCAAAUUGAUGUAUAUCACUUGGUGCCAAACACGACCUAUUCUUUCCGAGUUUGGGCAACAAAUCAGCUAGGGAGAGGUGACAUUGUUGAGGUUGAAGGUCAUACACAUCACAGUAUCGAAGAACUAGAACUUGCAAGACAUCUCUUAGCAGGUGUAGAAAACUUUGACACUCGUGUCUGGGUGGCAGCAGUAGGGAUAGUUAUGGGUACACUUAUGAUUCUUGGUAUAGGUACUUGUUACCUCCUCUAUCGUGAGUGCAAAGUACCCUCGCAGCUGGAGGAGCAGGAAGUGAUUGAACUUGUACCCAAUAUCAUUCUGAAUCCAGGAUUUUUUGAUGAAAGAAUCGAACAUAUUCCGCAAGAUGAAAAUUUCAACAACCAGACUACCACACGUUUGAACAAUAACAGCGUUGUGCAACCUAUGCGACUUUAGCGAUUAAAUACUUAGAUUUCUGUGGCUAAUUUUUAUUAACAAGUGGCUUGAGCACAAUUUAUGUGUCACCUUAAACGUAAGUAACUGGAAUUACAAGAGGCCUCGAAUCUACCAAAGUAUCGCAGAAUUUAGAGAUCGGGUAAGCGGUGAGGUUGACGAUAAUCACCGUUGAAACUGAGAUUUGUUUUUGUUUAUAGUCAGAAAAAUUGAGAAAUGCAUCAUACAUUUUGAGUGUUCGAAUGAAGUAAAACUUUUCACUUACAAUGUAAAGUGUUCAAAGCAUAUGUAAGACUCUGUUAGGUUUUGUGAAAAAACGGAGUAGAACAUUUUUGAAGAUGUUUACAAGGAAGUUCUAACAUUGAAAAUCCGAUAUUAUUGCUCAUUAAUCGAGCUUAAAGGUGAAGAACUCCUGUAAGCUAAACAAAUAUUCUUAGUAAGACUGUAAUUCUAAGAACAAACAAAACGAAAUUUCCGUGAAAUUAAAGUUCGUACGGUGUUAAUAUAAGUGGCAUACUUUGCUCUUACAUUCUGCAUGAACAUGACAAUGUUUUUACAAUUAUUUUUAAUCAUUAUUACUGCAUACAAGUGAAAUCUUAAGGGACGACAAUAUCAUGCAGAAAGUAAGAUUAUCGCAAAUUCACAUAAUCGGAUUAAACAGAUUUUGUCAGACGCGAGGUAUGAUAAAGGCUUGCUUACUGCCGUUUUAAGGUGUGCAGAAGUCAUUGGUACGAAAGUUCCUUUUUUUUUGCGUCUUUACAAAGAUUUUUUUUUUAUUAUUAUUUAUUGUUAUAAGAAUUUGUUUGUUUUUGUUUUUAGAGAAUAUGUUGGUAAUGUUUUUCUUCCAAAGAAUUUAAGAUUAGUGAACAAUGCACCAUAUACUCUUUCUGGAGAAAAAUCCUGUGAAUCAGAGAGUGUACAGUGUAAAAACCAUGGUACUCUAAUUGAAAAGUAAUUCUACUAUGUUAGCAUUAUUUAUAAUAAUAUUAUAUUCUUCGUACUUUUAACUUUGCAUGCAAUCAUUCAAUUAAUAUGUAAUGCUUCAACAUGCUUUUGCACCACCUUAAUAACAAAUGCAAUAUUUACCGCUACAGAAUUAUUAUAAAAAAUACUAUAAAAUCAAAUUUUAUCAAAAAGAAACUUUUAACAAGCGCGAGAUAGCACAAUUUUUUUAACAAUAAGUUUCAGUGUGUGAACUUUUUAAAAAAGUAAACGAAAAAAAAAAAAGAAUCCAUUAAUAAUCUUCGUGAUAUUCAGCGAAUAAGAAUUAUUCCUGGGCAUCAUACACUUCAGUUCAAUUCAUUGCAUUCAGAUUAGCAGUAAAUGUAGGAUAAAGUAGAAUAAGUUAAAAUAUUUUGGAUAUCAUCUUUGAUAGAAUCAAGUUUGAUAAUGAAUUGUUGAAACAAAUCUUUUCCCAGAUAUUCAUUUUCUAUGAUAAUGAAUAUUAUCAUCUCAUUGAAAUUGCAUAAAAUGAAAUUCAACUUAGUCAAUCAAUAAGGUUGAUGAUUUUGAUAAAAGUUCUUCCUGUACAAAUACAUAGUUAUUUUCCACAAUUUACAAGUAGUAUCAUAUCAGAAUUUGUCAUUGUGAAAAAUAUCUUAUUAUAGUAGUGAGUGCUUAGUGUUGAGGCUUUUCUUCAUUAAAAAUACGGUAUUAUUUUGAUUCUUUACCUAAAGCUCUCAGGAAAGAUCAAACGAUAUGUUCUUUUGUUCUUGUUAUUCGGUUUUUUGUUUUUUUGUUUUAAAUUAAUCUCUAUUAAAGCUCUCCAAGUGACGAAUAUAGAACUGGUUGUGGAAAUUGAUUCUCGUAUUAGUCUUUCAUCUGUUAUUAGUGAAGUUCAUAUUGUGAGAAACAUAAUACCUUAAUGACUCUACUUAAAACAAUUGUAUAAGUUAAUAUCUUGCUUUUGUCAAUAUAAAGAAACUGACAAAAAGCAAUUUGGUGCACGCAGGUUGUAUAAAUAUUGGUUGUGCGUUGUUACAUUGAAGCUUUAUGAUCUGUUCCUCCCUUUAGCAUGAUAAAUUAUAGGGGUGAACAGACUCAGUUCGGCUUCGUACUAUGCACUCUGUGUUGUGAAUGGUAUAUAUACGCGCUAAUGAAAAAUAAUAAUACGAUAAUAACAAUAAUGAUAACGAUAUAAAUAUAUAUAUAUAUAUAUUUAUAUAGCCGAGGCAUCGUAAUAUUUUAGCUAUAAGCAAAGACAAUUUUUUAUAUAAAUAAUAAUAUUGCUGAAAUGCAGUGAUGAAUAUUUAUCUACAUAUUCAUAUAGAUAAUUUUGUGCUAUGAUAUCGAGCUUCAAGAGUGAUCUAGUAGAUUUGCCCAUUAAGAAUCUUUGAUGUAGAAUAUCAUAUUUCUUCUUUCUUUCAGAAGAGUCGUGUUGUAUAUUCUUUCAUUCAGAGACUGUAUAAAGCAGACAUCAUUUUGAUAAAUUUUAACAAUGCAAAAUUUUUAAAUAUUAAUAAUACAUAGAACAAUUGUAUUCAUUUUCUAUACAAAAAGAAUCUUAAGUUUAAAAAAUUCAGCAAUAAUCUAUUCAAUACUUCAAGACACGACCCUUCAUAUCUCAUGCACAUUCAAAUAAAGUAUGAUCACUUGUUUCUGCUGACUUACAUAACAAUAGAUAUAUUGUAAUUUAAAUGUUUAACUGUCUCUAUCAAAGCUAUCUGGUGAAGGCAUAGGUUUUACAUUUAGUGGCAUUAACAACAUGGUGAAACCUGAUAAGAAAAAAAAAA